AAGCUUCCUCAAAUUAUUUCCAAGCAAGAACAUUUCCAUGGAGUUUGAAUAUUUUUAACGUCACGAUCGUCUGAAAAUAACAUCUUAAGUCGUCUUUACUACACAGAACAAUUAUGAAGCAGGCAAUAAAGUAAUUAUCGUUAGUUGAUGAAUGAAUUGCAUCUUCGAUCUUCUGACGAUCGCUCUACGAAAUCGAAGCAGAACAGCCUUAGUGAUCACACGAGGCAGAUCGAAUAAGUGAUUUUCAUACAAUAAAGUCGAUUACGGAACAAACAUGCCUGGGGGUGUUGUAUUUCUGGUCUGUAUCCCCACUUUGAGCUACGAGCACCAACUUGUAUUCGGUGUGCCGGUAAAACGAAGUGCCUCGAAGAAGAUCGAAAAGAGCAAAAAUAAAAUUGGAGGGCCGAAGGUAGACCUUCGUCUAAAGGAAACAAAAAGCCGCGCGCAAUUACUCACGCUUGAUGAUGAUGGCGAAGACGACGACGUCGGUAUUGAUGUUGGUAUUGAAGGCAGAAAAUAUCCUCGCGGAUAUCCCACGCGGUCGAAAUCACCGGUCUUCGUGUCGAUGGAAACGGUGCUGGAAGAGCUCCUUAAAAAGCUAAGAGUAGAACACGUUGUAUGGUGCAAGGACAAGGAAGACAUGUAUUAUGAGGUGAUAUUUCCAGUACCCGCCGGUGAACCCUGCGAAAAUUGUAUACAUUGCCUCACCGAGUUGGGUAUUGGUGUUAAAAUGAACUCGAUAGUCAGCGUAAUCCCGACGCAAUGUACGUACAGCGGUGUGAACGGUACAAAAUCGUUGGCUGUUAAGGACGACGUUGCUCGCAGACGAAAAGAAUCGGAGGAUCGUAAAAACGCUUGGGACGAUUUCGUAGGAUCUAUUAGAUCGAAAUUGACGGUGAAACAGGUUGUCGAUGGCGUUCGCAGUGGUGGUGAUCUUACCUUCGAUUACAUAUGCCUUGUAUUAACUGCGGACUGUCUCGCUGCACUUGGUCUCAUCGAGAACAGUGCAACUAAUGUCGUUGCAGCUAUGCUAGUUUCUCCUCUCAUGGGACCUGUGAUGUCUCUGACUUUCGGGACGAUCAUAGCCGAUAGAAAGCUGCAACUAGUCGGUCUGAAGAGCUUGAUGCUCGGUAUCUUCGUAUCAAUACUAUUUGGCUUCAUAUUCGGCCUUCUCCUCGGUACAACUGAAAUGCCUUGGGGCUAUGGCGACUGGCCAACCGAUGAAAUGAAGGGCAGAGGCAACUAUAGAGCGCUUUGGAUGGGUGUUCUUUGGGCUCUUCCAUCUGGCACAGGUGUCGCAGUCGCUUUGCUGCAAGGUAGUAAUGGGCCGUUAAUUGGUGUCGCCAUAUCAGCUUCGUUACUACCACCAGUAGUCAAUUGCGGUUUAUUUUGGGCUCUGGGAUGCAUAUGGCUCAUAUAUCGACCAAUAAAAAUGCCCCAUAUUAAAGGCGAAUCUUACACAAACUUUAAUAGUUCCUAUACGUAUAUCUACAGCGAUUACUUGCCCGUAGAAUUUUUCUGCAACGGCAUUAUCAGCGCGUGUUUAACGUUUAUCAAUGUAAUGUGCAUCUUUAUUACAGCGAUAAUAGUCCUGAAGAUUAAAGAAGUGGCCGCACCGUAUACGUCAACGCCGGAACUACGUCGAUUCUGGGAACAUGACAUUCGGCUGGUUCGCGAUAAGAAUAUCUCUAGAGAUAACAGUUCCUUGAAUUCAAGUUUCUACGAUGGAUUGAGUAAAACUAAACAACGAGCAUUGGAACGUACACUAAACGAAGCAGUCAGAGAAGCGAUAAAUGACGAAACUUUCAGAAAAGUACAAAGACUCAGUUAUGGGCAUGGACCGGAAGAGAUUAGUCCUCGGCUUGGUCUUCCUGCUCGCGGAACUGGGGGCAAAGGUAACAUAAAAGACAGUGAAAACACUGAGGAAAUAACAGAUGAAAAUCUACAGUCACACAAAGGCUUAAAUUCUGGCAAUACAAGCGAAGACUUGAUCGCAUUGGAUCGUUUAAUAACGUAUCUUUUGAGUCAACCAAACAACCCCACUGGCGGCAAUUUGGAUUCAUGGAGACGCUCGCAUCGAGCUAGUUCACGAGGGUAUAGACAAUUACGUGGCACUGCCGCUGAUACCGACGCGGAAACCGGUGGCGUUGGCACAACGACUCUUUGAGCAUAAAUUGACAU